CAAAUCAGCUUCCAGUUGCCUCUGGUUGCGCGCUUGAUUCGCUCGACUAUUGUCGAUAUUUUGUCCUAAAAAUAGUACAACACUAUUACGCGGAAAAAGAUGCUUGUGUUAAGUGAUAUUUUGUAUAAUAAUUAUGUUUUUAAUGGACCGCAUUAAUGUUUAAAAGAAUCUGUGAACUUUCCCGCCUAGCGCUUUGGUGCGCGGUGGUAGUGUUUUUCGCUAACUGCGUAAACGGUGCGCCGGCGCAACUGUGUACUGCAGCAGCUGAAAACGACCCGAGGGCUGCGCGCUUCUGUCAGGCACUUAACACUUUCCUGGAGUUAUAUGCCGAGGCAGCAGGCGAACAAGUGCCUGAAUACCAAGCCCUAGUUCGCGACUACCCUCAACUGUUGGACUCCGGCAUGAAAAGGCAAGACGUUGUCCACUCCUUCCUUCGUUUUGGCCGCAGGCGCUGACGGUCAUCGCUGCGACGUAAACGCGCUUAAACCGACACCGAAACGCAAUGCUAAAUUAUAACCCUUUAUUAUUUGUCCAAAACAUUAUGUAAGUUAGUCAUACAUUCAUCAUUUAUUAUGCCAACGUCGCCAAGAACAGACGUCUCUCUCCUUGUAGAUUAAUAAAUGUACUUAUUGUUCCAAGUAUUAUAGAUAUAAGUAAAUUGUUGGCAUUUACGUCGCGUUUCAUUUGAUAUGCAAUUAUAUUUAAUAAUGUUUUAAAUAAAUACAUAUUUGUGAA